GUUUAAAUAUGUAUCUUAUUUCCACCUGUAUUUACUGACCAUAAAUUUCUUAGAAACUAAUUUCGGAAAUUGUAGAUGGAUUAAACGAUAUUGAUAUUUUAACAUAAUGGAAGUUUUAAGACAAUUGAGUAAUACGUUUUGGUCACCAAAUGUUUGGCUUCCGCCAAAUGUUACAUGGUCGGAUAUAGCUCCAGGUUCCAGGGAUGACGUGCACCAUGCUGAUUACAAGGAUCUUAUAUGGCCUUUGCCUCUGGCUGGAAUUAUUAUGCUUAUCAGAUAUUCUGUUGAAAGGUUUUGGAUAUCUCCAAUUGGAAAAUCUCUAGGCAUCAGAAGUACAAGAUCAAAAAAGGCAGAAAAUAUUCGACCAUUAGAAAAAUUAUAUGAGCAAUCGCAUAGACUAGAUGAUAAAAAGAUAAAACUAUUAGCAAAGCAAUUGAAUAUGAAUGAACGGCGGAUAGAACGAUGGUGGCGAUUAAGAAGAGCACAGGACAAACCAUCUACAUUGACCAAGUUUUGCGAAACUUCGUGGAGAUGUCUAUAUUAUACAUACAGUUUCAUUUUUGGAGUUAUUGUUUUGUGGAACAAGGCAUGGUUUUGGGAUGUUAAAAAUUGCUGGUAUGGAUAUCCUCAUCAGUCUGUUACAGGAGACAUUUGGUGGUAUUAUAUGAUAUCAAUGGCAUUCUAUUGGUCUUUGACUGUAACGCAAUUCGUUGAUGUGAAGCGGAAAGAUUUCUGGCAAAUGUUUAUACAUCACAUGGUGACACUACUGCUAAUGUCAUUGAGUUGGAUCUGCAAUCUUCAUCGAGUUGGAUCCUUAGUACUGGUUAUUCAUGAUUGCGCAGAUAUAUUCUUAGAAGCUGCUAAAUUGACGAAGUACGCAAAAUACCAAAAAUUAUGUGAUACUAUAUUUGCAAUAUUUACCGUCGUUUGGAUAAUAACAAGACUUGGAUUCUAUCCUCGUAUUAUCUACAGUACUUCAAUUGAAGCCCCAAAGAUCCUUCCAAUGUUUCCAGCAUACUAUAUUUUUAAUAGUUUGCUCAUAAUGUUGCUUCUUCUUCAUAUUGUAUGGACAUAUAUGAUACUUAAAAUUGUCAUAGAUUCUUUGCAAAAAGGAUUGAUGUCUGGGGACAUUAGAUCAAGUGAUAGUGAAGUAACGGAAAGUUCCGAAAGCCAGAAAAGUAAUGGCGUAAGCGGAAAAAAGGUUCCGACCAAAACUGAAUAACGCACCAAAUAUGUCAUUGAUUUUUCAUUUGUAUGUUAUGUACAAAUAAAUAUUAGUAUAAUAUAUUAAACUGCUUUUAAAUUCCAUCAUGUUAAACUAACUAAAACGUACAUUUAUUUUUAUAGUAUUCUAUUGAAAUAAUAACUUGUAGAGUAAUAACUGUUUAA